ACCUAAUAUUCAAAUAGAGCUCAGAUAAGAGAGUUACACUUUAAAAUGUCUGCACUUUGACACUCGGUGCGCUCUGUGAUCUCAUGCGUAAACAAACUUGAAGAGACAGCGCCAGCGUGUGCAGUGAAUUGCGCAUGCGUCCUAAAUCUACUUCGAGCCAGCUUGAGGUAUGUUGGCUGGCUGCUUAAAAGACCAGGCAGCAGCUGCAGUGAGGGGCGCAGUGAAAGUGGAAUAUGCCUGAAAGUAGACCCUGAAACGGACACGGGUAGGCGGACGACAUGGCAUAUGCGUCUUUUGCGCGUGUUUAGCGGCGUCUGCAAAGCGGCACGCGCUCAUUGCCUGCUGUUUUUGACAUGCUCUCCUGCAGCAAGCUCCGCGUACUAAGGAGAUGAUCUAUUUCUGUGAUGGCGAAGGGUCUGUUUCCACGGGCCUGGGUGAAAAAGUCAUUCUACUUCCAGGCUCGGAUCUCGUGUGUGCGGGUCAAGUACCUGUUCCUGACCUGGCUCACAGUCCUGGUGGGCAGCUGGGUCAUCUACGUGCAGUACUCCAGCUACACCGAGUUGUGCAGGGGUCACCAGUGCAAAAACGCCAUUUGUGAUAAAUACAAAAGAGGAAUCAUCGAUGGCUCAGCCUGUGUCGGUCUGUGCGACAAAGAAACACUGUACAUGGGCAGGUGUCUCUCCACUUCACCCAACAACCAGAUAUACACAGGGAGCUGGGGGGAUCAUGACGGCAUUAUCCGCUGUAAAUUGGGGGAGGUGGCCCACUACGAGCUGGGGGAGGAGCCAGAGCCACGCAAAGAGGUGCCAGUCUUCGAUACACCCACCAGGGGGACGUCUGUGGAGAAGUUCAGGGAGAUGGUCUUCAAUCAUCUCAAGUCUAAACUGGGAGAGCAGGCGAACCUGGCCAGUCUGGUCACCCACAUCCUGUCUGUCGCCGACGGCAACCGAGACGGGCGUGUGUCACUGCCAGAGGCGCGCUCCAUGUGGGCCCUGCUGCAGAUGGACGAGGUCCUGCUGGGCCUGCUCCUCCAGGACCGCGGCCACACCCCUCAUCUGCUGGGCUUCUGUGGGGACAUGUACAUGACGGAGCGCGUACACUCGGGACCCCUGUACGGCCUGUCCCUCCCCUGGCCCCUCGCCCACUGGCUCCCCACUGGCCUCCAGCGCACCAUGGACCAGUGGUUCACACCCUCGUGGCCACGCAAAGCCAAGAUCUCCAUGGGCCUGCUCGAGCUCGUGGAGGACAUCUUUCACGGUACCUACGGCAGCUUCCUCAUCUGCGACAUGAAUGCUGCAAUAUUCGGCUACACGGACCGCUACGAGCUCCGCCUCCUGGACAAUAGAGCGGUCAUUUCGGAGGAGCAGUUUGGGCAGAAGAUGAAGACAUUGAAGUGUCAAACUGAUUUAGAUUGUGUGUACGGGGCGGAUUGCGUUUCUUCGUGCGACGCGGUGGAGAAGAAGUGCAAAGAGGAGCCGCUUAAGCCCAAUCUGGCAAAAGCGUGUAGCGUGCUGAAGGAUUAUCUCCUGCGGGGGGCGCCGUCAGGGCUAAGGGAGGAACUAGAGAGGCAACUGUACGCCUGUAUGGCUCUGAGGGGCAGUGCGCAGAUGGACAUGGAGCACUCACUGAUCCUAAACAACCUGAAGGCUCUGCUGUGGAGGCAGAUCUCACACACCAAGGACUCCUAAGCACAUUGUCUUUUUACAUAGUGUUGUCUAGAUACAGGCGCAAGGGACCAGCCUCAGAGGAGUGGUGUACAGCAGCAAAUGAGCCUGAUCUUAAAGGUCCUAUAUCACGCAAAAAUUAUAAUGUGCCAUGUUAUAAUGCUGUUACCUUUUUAAAAACGUACCUGAAGUUGAGUUUUGUUUCAUUCACUAAUGUUUGAAUCAUCCUGGUUUAUUAGUCUGUCUACAUCUCCAAAGCUCAAAAUGCUCUGUCCCACUUGUGAUGUCAUGUAGUGGUAGUUUUCAAGUUAACAAGAACCUUUUAUCUUUAGUUCAGUAGAGAUUGGCAAUUCCAGGGCUGAAAUGAUCCAAAUGAGUCUAGUGAAGGUGUGCUUUGGAAGAGAGUGUUCUCCGUUUGAGAGAAGAAGACAGCCUAAAUAUGUAUUGUUUGUGUGCUAAACAUGUGUGAAUGAAACAAAACACAAUUCCAGGUUGUUUUUGACGAGGAAACAUUAUAACAAAAAUCAGAAAAUACUGUAAUAUGGGCCCUUUAAACUUUUAAGUAUAUAGAUGCACCAAUCCAGCUUUUUCAGUUAUUUCAGUGGCUUCAAGUAUCUGCCUCUGAUACCACUGCAGGGACUAAAAAUAGACUUCAUGUUCCUUAAAACAAAUACCAUGUGACAAAAUGUGUUAUGUAGCUGUUAUCGCCCAAGUCACCACAGAGCAACUUGGUCCAUAUAGUCUCAUAAAGUUUGAGCUUUUACAUGUACUAACAGGUAAAUGACCAGUAAAUAAUCUUAUUACAUCAAUUUAUAUGGCCAACCAGGAUAAAGGCUGAACUGAUAUUUUGGAGCCGAUAUACGAUUCAGCUAAUUUUCAUGGAUCAGCACCAGUAUUGGUAUCAUCCCCACUAAAGUAAACAUUAAGUCAGAAAUGUAUAUAUGACAACAUUCCAUAUUUGUCAUAGCUUUGGAGAAAAAUGCAUUUAAGUGCAUACGACAGGUUUUUAUGCUUAAAUAUUGAUCAUAGUUUUUCAUCAGUACAUUAGCCCUAGAAAGAAGUGAAAAGAAGAAACAAUAUGGCUUAACAAAGGCAUUACAGAAUUCACUACUAUUCACUGCUAUUUUCCAAUUCACACGUGAAGUUCAGGAUGAACACACACUUCCUCAAAAUAUCAAUUUAAUCAAAACAUUACUCUUUUUACACUACUAGCUUGUUUUCAGCUGCACACUACUUCUCUGAGUUUGAAAAAUUAGUACUACUCCUAAUAGAUUUUUGAUAAUAUUGUUACUUUAUCUAGAUAAUUUGCAGUCUUAAUUGGGGGAAGCUGCCUCACCGCCAUUUAUCAAACAACAAGCUGAAGGUUGGCAGUUCAAUUCCCUCCCCAACUAGUGCAUACUGCCGUUGUGUCCUUGGGCGAGUCUCUUCACUCGCAUUGCCUUCAUAGUCUGUGUACAUAUGUGCUUGAAUGUUAACAUAUUUUCAUGUACCAUAUGAAGUCUUAGCACGAGUUUCACCUCCAUUAUAUUCUUAAGGGGUUUUCAGUCUAUGAAUAAUAUUGCUGACGUGUUAAGGAGUUUACCCAUGAUGUCAGAACUUCACCUGAAGACAUUUUGUGAUUAUAAAGGUGGCAGUUUGUGUCUUGACGCUAAUAACCUUAAAGGAACUGUAUGUAGCCAGCACUGUCCUAAAAAGGUACUAAAAUACCAGUUCUGAAACCUGCAGAUAAGGUUAAGGUACAUGCCCCCGCCCCAUCCUUCAAUGGGGCGGGGGCAUCUCCUCAGGAGCAGCAGGGGCCAUCUCCAUGAUCUUGUUGCUUGGCUUUAGGACCACCAUAGCUGGAUUUUACCUGUUGUGCAUGUUUUGGGUUGAGGAUACAUAAAAGUAUUUCUCAUUCUCAGUAUAUGGACAGGGCAUACCUCAGGUGAAAGCUCAGAACCUCCAGAAUUCACUGAGCUGCAGAGGCUGCACUAGCACUGAUUCAUGAUUGGCUGCAGGUGCUGGGGUUUAGGUAGUGACCAUUCUUUCUAAUUUGCCACCAAUCUGCAACAAGUGUAGAACUAAACUGCACUGUGUUGUGUCAAAAAUGAAAUUGAAAGGACCAACCAAAAUUAAGGCUUGCUUGGAGAGAGAGAGAAAGUGUGAGUGAGAACACAGAGGAGAGCAAAUCACUGAUUCAGAGCUUGUUAUAUUUUCAGAUCAGAACAUAAAACACUUGCACGACUCUACAAAAACCCCACAGGGAUAUAAUGAUGGAUGAAAGUGGUGUUGUUAGUGACUGAAACCAGCAGGGACGCUGUUGUGCAAAGAUACACGUUUGGAGUAAAUUUUUGCCAAUGAAUCGAAUGUGUAACUGUAUAGUAAAUUACAACAAAUAUAGAGCAAGAUGCUGCUAUCAAAUCCUGCUAAAAAGAAAAUAUCUGUUAUUGAACCAUCAUAUGCUGAGUGGAUACAUUUAUCUACAUUGCACAAUGAGUACUGCUCUACAUCAGACCAACAGGCUAUGACAUAUACUAUAGGUUUCUAAAUACCUCAAAAACAAAUCUAAACUAUUCCUCAAAAUCUUCAAAUGCUGAGAUAAAUAUUGACGCAUUACCUCCUCUAAUUAUAGUCCUCAAACUCAUUCACGUUUAUUGCUGAUUUUGUGAUUUUUGUGGUUCUCAGAGUAAAAAUGAGCUGGAACAGAGUAUUUUAAAGCUGUUUUUAUAAUUUGAAUUAAAACUAAAUGCAAUGCAGUUGGCACUUCAUGUACAAGUAAAACAAAACAUUUACCAGACUGUUCAAAUUAGUUCAAAUCAGUGGUGGUAAAAGUGGUCAAGUAAAAGUACAGUUGCAUGGCUAAAAUUUGCUCAAGUACAAGUACUGUUUUCGAAAUUGUACUUAAAAGUAAAAAGUAUACAAGGAAAAAUACUGAGAGUACUAGUUACUUUUAACUGAUAUAUUGGCAUUUUAGAUCAGUAUUGUAUACAAAUUGUACAGUUUAAAGUUUAAUUUAAUCAUUUUAUACCACAAUCCGCAUCUUUCCUGAGCUCUGGACAAUCAGAGCAGGCGAUGCAGUGAUGUGUGAGUUUGUCGGUUUAGAAAAGAGCAGAUACAACAGUGAAACAGCCGUGGAUCAGGACAAUUGGAACUUCAGUACUCAUAAGAUUUUAAAUAUACCAGUAACUAAUUACAAUUAUAUGGCUAGAAUUACAAGUACACUUUUAAAAAUCUAUUUAAAAAAGUACGAUUACCUUAAAAGUCCACUCAAGUGCAGUAAUGAGUCACUUUCCACCUCUGAUUUCAAUCAAAUGUAAUAUUAUUUAUUUAAAACUUUUUCUCAAUCACUGCUUUAAUACCACGUACACUUGAUGAAAUAACUGCUUCAAAAUGUCUUAUAUUUUUGGUUUCUGAAUGUCACGAUUGUCACUAGAUUUCUAUUGCAGAGGCUGUGUCACAGUGCCAUAGAAACAUGCUGAAUGUUCGUCACAUAUCUGUACAUAUCUGAAUGCUGUCAUCUCGCUGAUAUGAAAUGCUGUACAGUAGAUUUUUGUGUAUCAUUGUGGAGGUGGAGCUGCAGUUUGGAAGAGACGUUAACUUAUGGAAAAGACCAGCAUGAAUUUGCACAAUUAAAACUCAUAUCACUGAAAA